AUGAGACAAUCAUCUGUUGUUGUUGUAUUUAUAGUAGUGUUGAUUGGUUUGGUCAACUCAACAACGACCAAAGAGCCACUGUCACCAUCAUUCGGUGCAUCACCAGAAGUUGCACAAUAUUACAAGGGACAGAAGUUUACAUGUUUCUCAAAUGGAAAGCAGAUACCUAUUACACAGGUCAACGAUGACUAUUGUGAUUGUCCAGAUGGAUCUGAUGAACCAGGUACAUCAGCAUGCUCAAACGGUCAAUACUAUUGUGUGAACAAGGGUCAUCAUUCUGAGCUAAUCUCUUCAACAUAUGUCAAUGAUGGAGUGUGCGACUGUUGUGAUGGAUCUGAUGAAUACAACAAGAAGACUGAAUGUCCAAACACUUGUAUUGAGAAGGGAGAGGAGACGAGAAAGGCACGUCAAGAGAAGAUCGAUCGCUUCAGAGAUGGCCUAAAGAUUAAGGCUGACAUGAUUGAGGACGCCAAGCGAAUCUUGGUGGAGAAGACUCAGGAACUGGAGCGACUGAGGAAGGAGAUCGACCCACUCCAGGAGAAGAUCAAGGAGCAUGAGGUUGCCCGUGAGACACUCCAGAAGAAGCGCGAUGAGGAGCAGACCAGACUGCAAGAGGAGAGAGAAAAGCUGCAGGAGGAGCUCGAGAAGGCCAAGGCCGCCGAGGCACCCGUCCAAGCCGCUGAGGACAACACACAGGACAAUGCCGAGGCCACCAACGAGGACCAGGAGAAGGACGACGAGGAUGACAAGAACAAGAAACCAGAGGAGGUCAAGUCAGAACUACUGGAAUCCAUAAAUAGAGAUCUUGGAGACGUUGAAGCUCUACUUUCAAACGCCAGAUCAGACUUGCGCGAGAAGGAGGAAGCGAUUGAGACCAUCCAGAAGUUGUUGAGCUUUGACCAUGGCAAGGACAACGUCUUCCUUCCACUCUUUGGCAAGUGUUUCGAUCUCAAGACCAAGGAAUACACCUACACUCUCUGUCCAUAUGACAGAGCAUCACAAGGAGGCACCAGUCUUGGUAAAUUUGAGGAAUGGAGAUCAGGACACUCGAUGAUGUCCUUCCAGAAUGGACAACAAUGUUGGGGCGGUCCAAAGAGAUCACUGCUCGUCAGCGUUGAGUGUGGCUCAGAGAAUGUCGCAUCGGACAUCCAGGAGCCAUCAAAGUGCGAGUACUCCAUGAAGUUCCAUACUCCAGCCGCCUGUGACGAGGAGCAUCUCAAAGUGAUGCAAUUGGAGGAAGACCACCGUAUCUAA